AGGAAUUCCCUUAUUUAUAUUAGAAUUUUGUUAACAAACUAUUCUCUAAAAACUCAAAAAUUCAGGGUUAUAUAUUAGAAUAUUAAUAACAUGAGGAUUUGUUUAGGAAUAUCAUAUAAAUGAAGGGGCCAAAUGCAAUAAAUUGGUAUAUAUACACAUGAAUUGUUAACAAAAUUUGAGUAUAUAUAUAUAUACCCACUGAGACUGAUGCGGCAGCUUUAAUCUCAAAAAUAAUUUGCAGAGCGAAACAUUAAUUAAUUUCGAGAGACCUAGCCAAACAUCCGGCGGUUCACGGCGGCGUUGAUUCAACAAGUUCAACGCAAAACCUACAUGCAUUGUAACCCCUAACUGCAAAACCCUCAUAAAUUAAUUUUACUAGUUAUGGAGGCGGUGGUUGUUGACGCUGGUACCAAAUUGCUCAAAGCUGGUUUUGCUGUUCCCGACCAGCCUCCUUCCAUGGUCAUCCCAACACAAAUGAAGCGAGUACCGGAAGAUGAGUCAUUAACAGAUGCUUCGUUGCUGGAGAAUGUGACUGUUGAUCCAGUUGUUCGAGGCUUUAUCAGAGACUGGGAUGCCAUGGAAGAUCUUUUAAGGCAUGUACUUUAUACUGGUUUAGGAUGGGAGAUUGGCAAUGAAGGACAAAUUUUGUUUGCAGAUCCGCUAGCAACUCCGAAGGCAGUUAGAGAGCAAUUGGUGCAGUUGAUGUUUGAAAAGUUCAACAUCUCUGGCUUUUAUGCAUCCGAGCAAGCUGUACUAUCACUUUAUGCAGUGGGGAGGAUCUCUGGCUGCACUGUUGAUAUUGGCCAUGGCAAGCUAGAUAUUGCAUCAGUAAUUGAAGGUGCUGUUCAGCAUAUAUCUUCUAGAAGAUUUGAAGUAGGGGGUUUGGAUUUGACAAACUUAUUUGCUAAAGAACUCCAGAAAUCCAAUCCGCUUGUCAACUUAAGCAUCUCCGAUGUUGAAAAAUUGAAGGAGCGAUAUGCAUGCUCUGCUGAGGAUGAUUUGUCUUAUGAGAAGAUGCAGAAGGCAUGCCCUGAGGAGCUGCACACACUGCCUGACGGACAGGUGAUAAAAAUUGGAAGAGAGAGGUACACGGUUGGUGAGGCCUUAUUUCAACCAUCAAUUUUAGGUUUAGAGGCGCAUGGAAUAGUUGAGCAGCUUGUUCGUUGUAUUUCAACUGUGUCAACUGAGAAUCAUCGCCAGCUGUUAGAAAAUACUGUACUUUGUGGAGGAACUGCUUCUAUGACUGGUUUUGAAGAUAGGUUUCAGAAGGAGGCUUUGGUUUCCUCCUCAGCUAUCAGGCCUUCUCUCGUCAAGCCUCCAGAAUAUAUGCCUGAUAACUUGGCAAAUUACUCAGCAUGGGUGGGAGGUGCAAUACUAGCCAAAGUGGUGUUUCCUCAAAAUCAGCAUGUAACAAAAGCCGAUUACGAUGAAACUGGACCGUCUAUCGUUCACCGCAAAUGCUUUUGAGUUACCCAUCAAACUCGUGUUGUGCACUAGGUUUAUGCAGCUAAAUUAUCGAUUAAGUAGGAUCAAAAUAGUACAAGUUUCGAACUUGGUUUACUGGACAUAUGUAUAAAAAAGAAGAGAGCUGAAUUUGAGACUUUUGUUGUUGUAUCAAUAUUCAUCUAACUUAUUAGACUAUUUAUCAUUCA